GACACGUCACCUGACUAAUCGGCAGCCAUUUUGUUUUAGGUGUUGACUUUCUCGACGUCGUGUUUUAAUAUGGCUUUAAAACUUCUGUGUUUUUUUUACUUACAUAGUUUAUUUUUUUUACAUGAUUUGACAUAUUUUUCGGGUUGAAUUUACAAAAUAUCUUCAAGUUCUUUGUAUUUGCAAAUAUUUUUAGGAAAGCUAAUAGCUGGUUGGCUGACUAGUCUUUUUGAGCUAGCUUCUUUAGCCAGCUUGCUAGCACAGCGAAUUUGCCCGCAGCAAAAUGGCGACGAAUACGACACCGCAGACCCCGACGGCGAACUGGCCAUAUGGGGGCAGUAAUGCAACAGAGGUGCCUGUUCAUGAAAACCCAGAGUGGGAGAAGGCGAGACAGGCACUGGCCUCCAUCACCAAGAGCCAGGGCUCCAACAAGCCAUCUGCAAAUAAUCACGCCAACACACAGGCUGGACAGUACCAAGCAGCAGUGACUGACACUUCCACAAUGCAGCAACAACCAUACUAUCAGUGGUACCCACAGAACCAGCAACAGUACGCAGGAUACCCGUACCCCUACAACUACUACUACCCAGUGCCUCCGUAUGGAGGACCAUAUCCCCCAGGUCAGUAUGGUGUUCCAGGAGCCUACCAACAACCGACAACUCCCACUGCGCAGCACACUGGCAUGGCUGGAUUGAAGGACCAGACUCCUGGUUACCCAUGUGAAGCACAGCCUCCGCCUCCUGAUGUCCCCCAGCCUCCUCCACAAAGCCCCACAGGCACAGAGCAGCCUCCUCCUCCACCUCCCCCUCCCAUACCACCCCCACCUAACUCCCAGUACCCUCCACCUCCUUCCCCAUCCCCUUACAACCCUAAUGGAGCUCUGCCUUAUAGCCCUACCGACUCCAGUCCUGUGAGGACUUACGGUUAUGGUCAGACUAGAUCGGGUUACCAGGGUUUCCAGCCUACAAGCUACCAAACAUCCCAGCAACAGGGGACAGCACCGGGCCCGUAUGGAGGAGCAGGUCGUGUGGAUACCUGCAAGAAAGCCAAUAAUUCAAAUGUGAACAAAGGCGGGCAGCAGAUGUGGAACCGCAUGAAACAGGCUCCUGGAUCCGGAAGUGUGAAGUUUAACAUCCAGAAACGCCUAUAUGUAACGAGCAGUCAGAAUUUUGGAACUUGUGAUCAGGCAAAUGGAUUGUCUGCUUCCACCUCAACCACAUCAGCAACUUCUGUGUCUUCAGUAACAACAGCUACCACUGCAGGAGCUUCUCAAACUGGGCCUCAAGACUGGCCUCAGGCCAUGAAGGAAUAUGUGCAGCGUUGCUUCACGGCUUGUGAGACGGAAGAAGACAAAGACAGGACAGAAAAGGUACUCAAGGAAAUUCUACAGAGCAGACUUCAAGAUGGCUCAGCUUUCACCAUCGACUGGACUAGAGAACCUCUUCCGGAGGUGAAACCUCGGCAAUCCCGUUGGGAGGCAGCACCUCAACGUUCUCAAGAGAACACUAUCGGUCGAGGAGGAGCAACUCGAGGUAGGGGUGGGGCUCGGCUGGGCAACUACAGAAAUGUGUUUUCUCAAAGGAGUCCCUCUUCCAGCUCAUCCCGCUCUUCUUCACAUUCGCCAUCUCCUCAUAGCCGCUACAAAGAGAAAAGCAGACAUCGCCGCAGUGACUCUGGCUCGCAGUCUGACAGCAGCAUGUCAAGCGACCUCCGACCUCUAUCCCGACGACAGCGGGCCGGGAGAGGUCGUGGAGAAGAGAGGGAAAAAGGGAGAGGAGCAGCAGUAGAAAGGGGCAGGGGGAGAGGAGGAAAAGCGAAUCGAGGGCGAAGGAAUGACGAUCUCGCUGGUGUCCUUGGUAAAAAGCGAAAGGGUGGAACAGCAGGCCUGGACUUCCACGACCCGAACCGUGAGGCCAAGAAGCAGAGCCGAGCAGCACGAUUCCACACCAAGCGCACUGAGCCGCUGGUUCUGAAUAUCAAUGCCAUUGAGCUCCCAAAUGCUUCUCAGGAGGGCCUCAGCUGGGACGAAUGCCCCAUUGUGGGUACCUGCCAGGACAUCACCAAAAUCUAUCUGCGUCUGACCUGCGCCCCAGAUCCUGCCACUGUGCGACCUGUGCCUGUGUUGCGCAAGUCUCUGACUGCAGUGAAGGCUCACUGGAAGUCUAAUCAGGAUUACCCAUAUGCCUGUGAACAGAUGAAGUCAAUACGACAAGACCUCACUGUUCAAGGGAUACGAACAGACUUCACAGUGGAGGUCUAUGAAACUCAUGCACGUAUCGCCCUGGAGAAGGGUGACCAUGAGGAGUUUAACCAGUGCCAGACACAGCUGAAGGAGCUUUACAAGGAGUGUCCGUCAAGCAACGUUGGAGAAUUCACUGCCUACAGACUGCUGUACUACAUUUUCACUAAGAACUCUGGAGACAUAACCACUGAGUUGGUGUAUCUCACCCCCGAGCUCCGUCAGGAUGGUUGCGUGGCUCACGCUCUUGCGCUUCGUGCCGCCUGGGCGCUUGGAAACUACCACCGAUUUUUCCUGCUGUACAAGAGAGCACCACGUAUGGCAGCUUACCUCAUCGACAAAUUUGUGGAGCGUGAGAGGAAGUUAGCACUGAGGGCUAUUCUCAAAACGUUCAGGCCCUCUGUGCCGGUGGAGUAUGUACAGUCCAGUCUGGCCUUCCCUUGUUUAGAUACAUGUUUGACUUUCCUGACAGGGCUCGGAGUUACAUUCAUUCAGUCAGAUCCUAGCAAGAUAGAUUGCAAAGCCAGCUCAGCUUGUCUCUCCACUUUGUAAUGUGCGUGGGAGGGGUGGGAGUAUUUACAAUAUGAUAGGAGUGAUGAGGGACCAGAUCAAUGCAUAACCCAGCCAGCCUAUCUUAGCUUAGUGAGAUGAUGAUGAUGAUGACGAUGAUGAUGAUUACACUUAUUUAUAUUCUUAUUACUCUUGUAGAGUAUGACAUGAAUACAGAAAUGGACUGUAAAAGACAUGCAUUUAGAUACUUAGUGUGAUAGUGAUUAGCUGAUCUGCCUAUACUUGAAACCUCAGUAUUAACACUGGAAGAGAAGAUGCCUAUAUGACACAAAUCCACACAAUAACCAGAUAUAGACCAAGUGCAGUAAAACCUCAGCACUGUAGUUCGUCUUUGACUAGCAGGCAGAAAGUCUUAGACAGUUUGAAGAACGUUUCCCAGCCUCGCAGAUCAUUUUGAAGCUAAUGGUGUUCUGUGUUCUAAUGGUUUUUCUUCCCUCAAGCCAACAGCCUCAAAGCUCGUAUGACGAAAAGUCCUGAAAACCAAAGUUGUGAAGACAAAAGGCUGAUUAUGAAAUUUCCUGUUCAUCUCAGGACAAAGAUGGCUGCUGUAAGCUCUCUGUUCCAGAUUACAAGAUCCAACUGCUUCUUCAAGUUGUCAUAUUCACUGGACUUUGUCUUGCGCUGAUGAUAGAUGCCAGUCUGGUGAGAAGAUGGUUUGUAUGCCUCCAUGUGUGUCUUCAUCCUGUGUCCAUCGUGAGAGCAGCAGAAGAGCUCCAUUAGCAAUAGAGCAAUAUCCUGAGUCUUUCAUCCCAGGAAUUCCAGGUAUGGACUUGCAAAAAUGGCUCAUGCGGCAUGGCAAGAUGCGAGUCCGCACAGCUAGUGUUCCUUCUACCUUCUACAUCGUCUCCUAUACGUGCACACACACCCCUUAAUCUGUCCAUCGAGUUCACUGAUCUCCUCAGCAUCUAGAGAGCGUAUCUCACUGAAAUGGCUGCAGCAAGGCAAAGACUCAGUUAAUGGAGAUGCAGAUCUGCAGCAAAAUCUACAGAAUCUAGGACCACAGUAGUUUUGCAGAAGUUCACGACCCGAGUCUAUGUAGGGCAGCUUGCCCAAAUCAACAGCAGUUUUUCCAUGAAGAUCAAGAUCACCUACCACAGAAAUAAUCCAGAGUGCAUCACCUUGAAGUGAGGAUGGCCGUGGCAGCAGCGAAACCUGUAAGGCAGCAGAAGAAAAGCGGCGCUGUAAUCACCUCAGCUGGAUGAUGUCGUUUUGGGAGCUUUCUUCUCCUGUCCAUGUAGGAGCUGAAAGCAUAUGGGUUUGUAUCUGUCCUGAUCCUGAGCGCAUACUUGUGCGUGGUAAGAAGAAGGGACUUGGCUGGUUAUAGAAUGAGAAAUGUUGAUCCAGCAACAGAUACGGCGAUGUUUGUUUUUCAGAUGCCAUUUAUAUCAAAGCGAAACACGCGGUUAUACGAGUACGAUUUGAUUCAUCCAAUGGAGAAUUUUGUAACAUUAAAUGUCAGGUUUCUUUAAUGCUUUCCAAUAAUUAAUGUAGGAUUGUAAGGGAAUGUGACUAUCUUCUUAAUGUUGAUGCAGGAUUGCUUUGUACACAAUCGCCUGUUUUCAUCAUUUGAAACUUUUUAAAGUUGUUUGGUGAGCUUAGAGUAUUGCUUGAAGGGUCAACAAAAUCUGGCCUCCCUAUGGAUUUUCUCUUUUUGUAGUCCAAAAAGCUUGGCCUAGCUUGCUGUGUUGGAGCAUAGAGCAGACUUUGGUAUGUUUCGUCGUGUUACUGAGCAGAGAUGUUUAUCGUUGGUGUAUCUUUGAGUUAUCUUCAGGUGUGAAGCACUCAAGUGUGGAAGUGUAAAUAUUGUACAGAAUAUCUUUCUUUGCUCUUUUUGACCCUGGGAUUAAAUAGGUGAAAUUUGGUGUUUACUAUGGUAAGUGUUGUAAUUCAGACAGUAAAUGUAAAUGGAAACUUUUUUAAAAACCAAAGUUUGAUUGCAUCUAAUUUUGAGUAAUGGAAAUGUGUGUGUAUAUAAAUAUACAUAUACAUACACAUAUAUAUAUUAUAUAUAUUUAUAAAUUGAGAGGAUGCUAAACAAUUUCUUGCUUCUGUGUUGCUGGAGAUGAAAGAUAAACAG